ACUUUGUGGAUACCCUCCAUUUUAUGAUGAAAAUGAUGCCAAUUUAUUUGCACAAAUACUGAAAGGAGAGUUUGAAUUUGAUUCUCCAUAUUGGGAUGAAAUAUCUGACUCUGCAAAAGAUUUUAUCCGUCACUUAAUAUGUGUGGAUAUGGAAAAGCGAUAUACAUGCAAACAAGCAUUAGCUCACCCGUGGAUCAGUGGCAAUACUGCUAGUGAUAAGAAUAUACAAGCUAGUGUGAGUGAACAGUUGAAGAAGAAUUUUGCCAAGACAAAAUGGAGGCAAGCAUACAAUGCCACUGCCGUCAUACGUCAGAUGAGGAAGCUAGCAAUGUCAAGUACUGGAAGCUCAAUGGACAGCAGCACAAAUUUGCUUGGCACUUCAAGUCAAACAUUAAAUGCAGCAGCUGGGCAAACAUCUCUUGCAAAUAAAACAUCCAGCACACCAACACCUACAAAUUAAGGUGAAGGCAUGGUAAAAAACAAUGAAAAUAUUGGUGUUUGGAAGUGGGGGAAAGAAGUCAAACAUGCUGCAGUUCAUUGCAGACAUUUUUGCUUCAAACUGCAUGCCCUUGGUGUAAUUUAAAUUGUAAUUUAAUAUAUAAAGAAACAGUGCUAUGAGGCAGUGAAAUAGGAAAUCAAGUUUUCUCCUCCUGUGGAUGUACAUAUUAAAUUAUGCAAUACUAGUGUUUAAUUAACCUUUUUUUCCCUUUCUCUCUUUUAUUUGUGGGCUGAUACAAAUACUGAUCCUACUAUUGUAACAAAUAAUAGAUCCUGAAGUAUAAGGAGGAGCUAUCAGGAGAAGUGCUGAAGAUGUUAGAUUUGUUUCAAAUCAAGAACUUUGAAGAGAAUUUAUCAUGUUUUUUGAUUAAUUGGUGCAGACUAUUUUAAUCUCAUUGUUGAUAUACUUAGAGUAACAAAAUUAACAAACAUUCUUUUACUGCUGUAUGUUUUUUCAUCUAUGCAGACGAAAAGAAGAAAAAUUGUUUCUUAUAAAUUUAUUUAUAAGCAAGUUGAACACUUAAUUAAUAUUAAUAGUGUGGACAAAAUAAUUAAUGAUAUUUCACAUUGGCUUUUUUGUGUAUGUAGUUGCAUUAAAAGGAUGGAUUUUAAUGAGCUAAAGGUUGUAGUAUGUUUUUCCUCCUCUAAAUAUCUAAAAAGGGUUGAAAUGGCUGCAAGAUUUUAUCUUUCAGUGUUUACUUUCUGUGACAAAGUUCAAAAUUGUGUGGAAAAUAUUUUAACAUUGUGGGUAGAAAGGUUCUGUAAAUUAAAUCCUAACUUUUAUAAUGAUAUUCGCAGUGCAAAAAUUUCAGUUAAUGAAAUUUUUGUAAUGAUUUACUAUCACAUCAUUAUGCACAGCAUCUGUGGAUAUGUUUGAGUAAUAUAUCUUUAUUUCUUUUCAAUGGUUGUCAGUGAUGAAAAUUCAUAGUUUUCAGCCAAAUUUAGGAUGUAAUUACAAAACAAAAGUAACUUGUUUGAGAUAUUACUGGCUCCAUGUUGAGUAAAUGAACAUCCACUAUAAAAUUUGUAAUUAAUUCCUUGAAAAUAUUUGUUGCAGAACUGUUUUUUUAGAUUUGCACAAAUGGCCCACAUACAGAUUUGUGUAUUUAAUUAUUGAAAUUUUUCAUUUAAGAGAAUCAUGCAAGCAUAGUAAAAGCCUGGCUAUCUGUUAUUCAGUUAAUCUGAAACCUCAAUCUUCUGAAAAAUUAAGCAAAUGAAGGAUUUUUAAAGCCAUUAUAAAGCAUGUAUAUACAUACUGUUGCUAGUGUGUUUUAACACCACUAAUUUGAUAAGCAGAUUACAGUUUCAGUAAGCUGGUUUAGUUUUUGUAAACAAGAAUGUACAUUAACUGCUAUUUAUCUUUUUUUUUUUUUUUUUUUUUGCAUGCAUGCAUGCAUGCAUUUAGAACUUCAUUUGAAAUAAGCUAAAAAAUAAUGAUGCAGCAUAAGAAAUUAUAAUGCAUGAUAUAACAUUUUUAUUUGCUAUAUCGGUAACUUGCAUCUUUUGAUUCUCUAAUUAUAAGUAGAGAAUAAUCUGUUCCAUUAAAAAUGUACAGAAAUGGUUAGCACAAGUUUAGCAACAAUUCUGCCAACUUUCAUGAUUAGUGGAAUUUCAAAGUCAGACAAAAUAUUUUGCUGUCAACCUUAAGAAGAAUGCCUAGAAAAUAUAUUGGUUAUGUCUGAAAUGCUUCCCCCCCCCCACUCCUAACAUCUUACAUAAUUACUAAAUGUAAGUUUUUUAUAUUUAAAUUGGUAACAAAUUAAGAUGACUGUUUUUGUAAUUUUAGACCAAAAUUUUCUUCCACUCGUUGUGCUUUCAUGAUUUGUAUUGUUUAUGCUUUCAACUAUAUAAGAUUUUCAUGUUUCUGGAAUUCAGCAUUUCCUGAACUGUUCAGAUAGUAACCCUCUUACUAUUAGUAUUCGAAAACAUUUCUUAAAAUUCUCUUACUUUAUUUUGAGAAAUGAUAAUUAAAAGUUUUUCGCAAAGGAAAUGAUACCCACAGCCAUUUUUCAAACACCAUAUAUAUUUUAUUAAAGUUUAAGUUCUCUCUUCUUAUUUUUUAGGUUUGUUUAUGAUGUAAAAGUAAACAUUAUUCUGUUAUUUGACAGGCAAAGAAAAUUAUUCAGUUAAAAUAAAGUUUUUUUUUUUUUUUUUUUUUUUACAGGUAUGUCUUAGUUUCAUAAUAAUAAUCAGUCUUGUACUGUUGAAUGGAAGUCGUAAUAAAUUAAUUCAAAGUAUCAACAACUGAAUGUAAACAACACUUAAUAGUUGCUGGCAGGAUCCUGUGCUGUACAGCACAGAUUUUCUCUUAAAUAAUUUGAGGGAAUUUCCUUUCCAGCAUUCCUAUAAAUAUUGUUAGAGUUACAUUUUCAUAAUGAAAUGAAAUAAUUUUCAUAAUGAAAAUUUCUUCAGUUUUAAAAAAAAAGUGAUGUUCUUUCUAAUAUUUUGUGAAAGAAGCACUGAAUUGAAGUGUGCUUAUUACAUCAUAAAAGCUUAGCUCCAAAUAAUUAAGUAUAUGAAGGUCUCUUAAUUCAAAGAUGAUGUUGAAAAGCUCAAAAGAUGAGGAUGUUUCCCAAAAAGAAAAAAAAAAAAAAAAAAAAACACUCAUGAGUCCAGUUCCUAAUUAAUACUGUAAAUAAGAAGUACAUUUAUUGCUUUGUUUGCUAAUGAGUGGCAGACAAAUUAAAUUUGAAACAAAAAUUAAACAUCUUGCACUUUCCUGAAUAGCAACACACUAGCAUAAAGUAUUUUAUUUUGGGUAGUGGCAACAAAUUUCUUUUAAAUCACUGUGAGUUUUAUGAUUAAAUUUGAAAAUUAAAUAUUUUACUCUUUCUUGAGUGGCAACAUAUUGCUUUUAAAUUUCUGAAUUUGUUAAUCAUUUGUUUCUGAAUUUAUUAAAUUUGCACAAAAUAUGAAAUAAGUAAAAAACGAAUUUGGUGUUCCAAGGUGCUGCCUUUUUCUCACAAUGCAAGGAACAUAUCAGAUAGGUUCUUCAUUAUUUAAUAAUAAAGAUUAAUAUCUAAUCUUUUAAAUAAUAUUAAUAAACAUUUUUUUAAUAAUUAAAUUUUAUACUUACCCCCCCUUUUUUUGUGCAUGUAGUGCAUGCUGCUGCUUUGUUUGUAUUAUGCAAAUUCUCAGCAUUUUUUUUAGAAACAUAACAACCUUCUUAUACAGAGGUUAAUUGUACUUUAAGGUAUUAUUGCUUAGCUUUAAUUUGCUUUCUUGUCCUUCUAUUAAGUUAAAUGAAUUUAAAUUAUUAUCUAAAAAUUGUAAUUUGCACUUUAAAUGUGUAGUGUAAACUGAUUUUAGAGUGUGAAAUUCAAGUUAAAAUUUCUAUACUGAUUACUUUUGAAUGUCAAUUUUAAAUCAAUAUAAAUUUACAAAUGUGGAUUUUUUUUAUGAAGUAAUAAAUUUUCGUCCUGUUUUGUUUAGCUGGUCAGUUAAAAGUAAAAUGAACUUUUGUUCCAUUUAGCUGUGAUAUUAUAAGGAGAUGAGUAUAAAGUGUGGUGUUGUUGCUUUCUAUUUGUGUAUAUAUAUAUAUUUGUAUAGCCCACAAAUAAUUUUGAAUUCUAGUUGAGUUCAUAGAGUGAAAUACUAUAGCUAUGAAAUCAAGAAAAUGUGUGUCUUGGUUUUUCACAAAAUAAUUUAAUUUUUAAUAACUGUAUACAUAAUGCAUAUAUAAAUAAAUAUAUCUAUACAUAAGACAUUAAUGCCAUUUACUGUUUGUAAAAUAUUCAGCCAAAAAGAUUAUUUUAUUUCUGUGUUUGUUUUAAAUGCUGCACAAAUGUUUUUGAGGUAUCUUAUAUCUGUGAUGUAAUGUGUGUUCAAGUGCCAUUUGCCACCAUAACUUAUUUUAGCAAAAGGUGGAUUUAAUUUUCUCAAAACAUGCUUGUUUUUUUUUUUUUUUUUUUUUUCUUUUUUUUUUUUUUUUUUCUCUUCUGUACCUUUAAGCAUUUAGUUUGAAUCCAGAAGUGUAGGGAUAUUUGAAUCUAAUGCAGUAUUCUUAUUAUGGUUAUAAUAGCAAAAUCCCUUCGUUUAAUUAGAUAGUUGAACUGAAAUUUGAUUUUAUUCUUAUAUCAAAUGUAAUAUAAUUAUGUAGUUCUCUUUACAAUUUCAACUGAAAUUUUUAUCACUUUAUCAAAAAUCAAAAUUUUAGUACCUUUUUAAGUAAUUAAUGUUUUCUGUCUCUCUCUUUUUUUUUUUUUUUUCUUUUUUUUACCUCUUUUCUUUUCUUUUUUUUUUUUUUUUUUAAUACGGAAAUCUUUUUAAGAAAGUCUUCUCUUAUAUGCUAGAUGAACUUAAUAAAGCAUUUUAAGAAAUUUUUCACUAUAAUUUGGUUUUUCUUUUAGUGACAAUUGUUACAGGUUUUAUAAAUUAUAUUCUUUGUUAUCAGCUUCAAAUUUUACAAACUUAUUUUAGUGUUGAAUCUAAAUUUAAGUUUUAGUUGUGUAUCACGUUCUUUGAGGAAUACAGAAGGUUUAGUUUAAACAAUUUUUAAUUACUGCUGCUGCUUUGUGUUUUCAUGUUGCACUUUCUAGCAGUUUUAUUACUAGUAUAAAAUUUUUACUUGUAAAUGCAGUAUAUGUCAUAAAUCAUAAUUUUUUAAUCAGUUUUGUUCCUAUAUGUAUAUAUAAGAUAAAUAACUAUUUAUUUGUUUAUUGCUAAAUUUUCUUCCUAAAAAAGGAAAAGUUUCCUUGCAUUUGUUAAGAUUAAAAUAGAAAACGUAUGCAAGCUAAAAUGUAGCAUGUUGAGUAAAUUUUAUCUCUUCUUAUGUAUUCCUGUUCUGUGGAAAGAAGAUGUUAUCAUGUAAACUGAAAUUUCAAAAAUAUUAUAUAAUUUUUUUAGAAAUAAACAAAAAUUUGUUUUAUAUUUUAUAUUUGUUACAGUUUUUCUGCUUUGCAUUAAUGUGUUUGUCAAGAUUUGCCUGCCAGGUAAUUAAACCCAUCUGUGUAAAAAUAUUGCAAGCGCAGCCAUGACUCUAAAUGUUGUUUAAUAGUGAUGUAAUUUAUUAAACAUAAACUUGUAUAUAUGAUCGGGAUUUUUAAAAUUAUUGUUGUUUUUUAAGGGGUGGAGAUGGAUAAUAUCUUUGCAUAUUGAGGUUUUAAUUUUUUAUCAAAAUUAUAAUUUACAAACUUUGCAUUACAGGCAACCUGCGAUUCUCAUUGCUAGUUUUAUUGUAAUUUAAUCUUUUACAUAAAUCUGAACAGACAAGAGUAAAUUGACAGCGCUCAAUUUUUCUACUUGAAUCUUAUCUCUUAUAUUGUAGUAAUAUGUGUAAACUCCAUAUUGUUUUAUACUUUCAUACUUUUUUUAAUUAUUCUUCUGUAUGUGUCCCAUAUGUAUGUGUCUGUACUAUGCAAUAUAAAUGCACUUUUAUAAUAUUUUGUGUUGAGUUCCAGUGGGCUUAUUGAGUACAGAAUUUUUAAUUAUUUAAGAAUUUUGUUUAUUUGUUGUGAUUUUGCCUCAACUGUAGGGUCCAUGUUUGUCCAUCACCUUUUGAAAUUUCUUGAGCUCUUUUACCACAUUUUAACGAGGACAAGCAUCGCAGUCUAAAUAAAGUUGCAGUACGUCUUUCAUUUUAUUUUUGUUGUAUAUGUUGCACAUUGUGGUGCAAAUAUUAGCCUGAAAUUUUGUUGCACAGUUUUAAGUGCAUAGUAGUAGUGAAAUAAUCUUUGUUCUUUUCAGUUUGAAGAAAGUCUAUUUUCACAUAAAUAUAAAGUAUGUGUUUGAAAAUUAGUAGUUGAAAAGAACAUGUUGUGAGAAUGCUUGUGAUUGAUGAGUGCUGUCACUGAAGCAGAAUUUCGGCUGAGCUUCUCUAUGCAUUCCAUGACUAUUACUGAUAUAUUAUUUCUUCUUAUACCAUGGUUAUACUAAUGUUAAAUUUCUCUAAUCACAUUAUAAAAAAUUAAUUUAUUGAAGUGGAUCAUAUAACUGAAAUUUUUUUAGUAGCAUUUUGCUAAGCUAUAAGAGGUGAUUUUUUUUUAAAUGUGUGUGUGUCUGUCUGUAUUGUUUUUGCCUCUGUCAACAAUUAUCAUACAGAAACUAUUUUUUUUGGGGGGGGGGGUUAUGUGUUGAAAACCUACAUAAUUUGUUUGAAGUGCAUGAUAAAGAUUCAGGGAUAUCCUAUUUCCUAGUAUAGUCCAUGACUAUUAAAGUACUAGUUUUGAGUAUGGCGACAAAUCUGAAUCAUACUAUUUGCUUAUGAAUGCACUAGUGGAAAAGCUGAAACUGAUUUUUAUUAAACUUUUUUAAGCAGGAAGUAAAGCUUAAUAAAAUUAAAAUGUUUGAAAAGUGUCAUUUUAGUCAGGAUAAGAUUGGAAUAUAUGUAUAUAUUUAUAUGUUUUUGUAUAUAUUUAACUUUUUCAUUAGGGUGCCAUAUUUUAUUCUUUCUUUAAUAGAGAUUGCAUACAUAUGUUUUGACCAACCAACUUCACGUUUAAAAAGAAAAAAUUGCUUACUCUUGGCAAAACUGUACUUGCAAACAGAAAUUUUUGACUUAUUACAAUCUUUGAGAAAUUCUUUUAUGCAUGCUUUUUUUUCAAAGUUAAUUAAAGUUGGUGGAUUAUAAUACUUGUGUGUAUAUUCAUGGAGUGUAAAAGCUUUUCUAAAUGAUAUAUAAAGUACUGUGUGAUAUUUGUACAGAAAAAUAAGGCUAAUGAAUACUGAAAUAGUUAAAUGAUUACAGAUGUGAAUGAAAGUGAAUUUGGCUGACAAGAGGAUUAAUUUGUCCUAACUUAUUUAGGUUGUGUUAUUUUUGUAUUAUUAUUUAAUUCAGAGUUUUGAUUAUAGUGAGUUCUGUAAAUUUCUUUCAGAUGUGGUUAGCUGGCAUGUGACAAAUAUAACAGAGUAUUAUUAUAUACAAGCAGACAACUAAUAGCUAGUUUAGUGCAAGAUAAUAAUUAACUGUAAAUUUAAUUUGUGUUCAUUAAAAGGAAAAUUAAUUCUU